GGUGGAAGAAAAAUUACAAAAAUAAAUCAUCCAGCCACAUGUGAAAAAAUUUCUACGCAUUUUCAUUGAGUUGUGUAAGAUACGUGCAGAUUGUUGCGAAUUUGAAAAUUUAGGCAUCUGACUAAAAGUCGUGCCUAUACCUAAGCAUAAUCUUUAUAGUCGUUAAACUUUGUAACUUUUAAUCAUAUAAAUUUGUGAUCAUGGUUGCCAUGGCGUAUAUUAUAUUGAUAGUUUACAUUUCGUUGAAUUCAUUGGUCGAUGGAUCAGGACCAGCGACGACUCGUGGGAAUGAUCAAAGUGAUUGGACAAUGGGUAUUACUGAUAUUCCUUCGGCAACAGUGGGAUGGAUAUACGAUCAAGUAUACACACCUUCGGAACAAGAUCCGAAUUCGAAAGAUAAAUCUCAAUCAAUCAAAUCGGAGAUUCCACCAAAACUUAUAGUUGAUUUUGACGAAUCUUCGGACAAGCUCGAAUCUACAAAAAAUGUUGACGAUAUUUUAAAAAUUAUUAAAGAUUCUAGUGACGACGAAAAAAAACAAUACGCAUCUUUUUUAGAAAAUCUUGAAGAUACUCUGACGAACAAUCCAGCAAGAUACGCCAAGGUUUUCCUUAAAGAUAUGUGGCAUGUAGUAGAUCUAGGAAUAUUUAACAGUGGAGAAAGAAGACGAAAUACAGAGAACGUUAAAACUUUAUUACAAACCAUUAAAGAUCUUUUAUACGAGAUACUUUCAUCUGCUUUCAACUUCAUGACUGGAAAAUUUGAAGAUGGAAAGAAAGGAACUCAAAGAGGAUGGGCUACAUUCGAAAGAAUGUGGGAGAAAGAUCAUCGUGAAUGGACUGAAGAAGAAGCUUUGAAAAAAUUAACCGAAUUGGAAAGUCAAUACAAAAGCAUGGACAAAGAUGUUGUGAUAAGAGACAUUACGAGCUUGUGCAUACAACCGUUGUACAAAGCAUCAACGUACGAAAAAAUUUCAAAAUUUUUGGAAACAUUGAAACAGGAAGGUUUUGAAAACAACAACAAACUUCAGAAAGAUUUGGGUUACGUGGAAUACAAAAUGCAGUUCUCCAAAAGUCAUGACAUCCACUGAAUAUGAAAAAAAAUGAAUGGCAAUGGUACCUAUUACUACAAUAGUACAUAGGUAGGUAUUUAGUAAGUAUUCCCAUUACAAAACCGAACCAGUCAAGUUGAGUAAAAUACAUGCCAUACUCAAAUGAGUACACAAAGUUGUACGUACGAGUAUAACAAUAGUACCUAUAUCUACCUAUACGUCGUAAUUUCAGAUAAAAUGAUUAUUUUAAUUUUAUUAAUGCCUAAGAUGAAGUAUAAUCCUGUAAUUGUUUGGAAAUAAAUGCUCAUUAA